CCUCUCUCUUCUCUUCUUCUUGAGUCUCUCUCUCUCUCUCUACAAAGAAAAAUCGAUUUUAACAUUUCAAAAAUUUUUGAGGGGGGUCAAGCGGGAAAACCAAAAAUCCUUCAAAUAAUUUCGUGUGGAGCGAGCGGGAGAAAGAGACACACACAAAUCCUCUCUAGUUCUCUCUCGUCAGUAGUAAUAAUAAUUGAUGGCGAGAACCAAGCAUAACGCUACCAGGUCCCAACCUCGUACUCCAACUGAUGCUGCUUCAAUUUCUCCGGAGGCUGGUCCCAGUGCGACACCGCCAACAAGAGCCGAAGAUGGUGAAGAAGAUGAUGCUCAACCAACAACGCCUGCUGCUGCAACUUCACCUGCUACAAAAAAAGGGGCUAAGAGAACCAGAUAUGGUAGUAGGUCACAAGGCUCACAAAAAAAGAAGUCUUACCGUUUCAAGCCAGGAACCGUUGCUCUGAGAGAGAUUCGCCAUUAUCAGAAGAGCACUAGCCUUCUUAUUCCUGCUGCUAGUUUUAUCAGACAAGUGAGAAGUAUAACCAAUGCGGUGGCCCCUCCACAAAUCUCUCGUUGGACAGCUGAAGCUCUUGUGGCUCUCCAAGAGGCGGCAGAAGAUUACUUGAUUGGUUUGUUCUCAGAUUCAAUGCUCUGUGCGAUCCAUGCAAGACGUGUUACUCUAAUGAGAAGAGACUUUGAGCUUGCACGCCGGAUUGGAGGAAAAGGCAGACCCUGGUGAUAGAAACGAAACUCACCCACUAGCACUACUCGCAUCUCUGUCAUUGUUAGUGAGGAUCGAAUAGUUAACAACAUACAGUAUGUGUGCGUAGGUUGUAUAAUAUUAUUCACUAGUUAUGUGCUUGUCCUUUUUUCGACUUGAUGGUCUGACCAAAAAAAUAACCUUCUUUUGAUACAUAACUGGAAAUCUGAGUUUGUGGGUUCGAUUCAAUAAUCUAUCUAGGUUGUAAAACUUGUUUCUCUAUGUGUGUUUCUUGUUUGCUUUUUU